AAUUGAAAAUAAGUGAGUUUGAAUGGACAGAUUUAUUUUAUAUUCUAAUUGUCAUCAUUCCAUAUGGUUUAAUAUUGGAUGCAGGAAAUGACUGUAGAAUAACAUAUUCUCGAUGUAUUUACUGCUGUGUUUUAAUUUAUAGUUAUACUUUUCCUGUAUCUAUUUAAGGUGUUCUGUGUGUCAUAUUUUUAUUAUGUGCUAUAAAGACAUUUUUGAAAAUUAUCAGGAUUAAAACAACUGAACUUGCACUAAAUCAUAGAGCAGAUAUGUUACAUUGCUUGUGUAAAUGAUCUGGUGUGAAUGCGCAGGCCCAACUUAGUUAUUGAAGGAUAUCCAGCUCCCAUAGUCUUAAAAUAACCUCUCCACUGGAAUCCACAACACAGUAUUUAUUCCAGCAGACUAUGAGUGCCAUGAAUAGUCAGUUAAAAUAACUUUAAAGUGACCAGACUGAUAGCAUAAGCUUUUCCAUUCGUUUACGGACCUGAUAUUUUGUUGUGCUCUUAAACCAAUUGAAGCAACUUCAUUUGCCUUGUAUUCCCAAAUUAGUGGACACUGAACCUACAUUUACUAAAAUGUCUCUCAGGUCGAAAUAUUCAGAGUGGCGAGGCGACAGCUCACGUUCAGCUCAAAGGGAGAUCGAUUUCACCUCUCCGGGUUUAGCGGUGAUGGAAAUUGAACGUCUUCUGUUCACUGGGAAAGCCAUCAACAGUCCCGCAAAUGAAGUCUGGCCCAAUCUAUACAUUGGCGACAUGAAUAUAGCUGAAAAUUGUGCAGAGCUGAGAAGGUGUCACUUCUCCCAUGUCCUCAACUGUGCCCACAGCUCCAGACGUGGCAGCGAGAUCUAUGAGGGCAUGGGCAUCACAUACUUGGGUAUAGAGGCCCACGAUUCACCCACGUUUGACAUGAGUGCCAACUUUAACAUUGGAGCACAGUUCAUACAUACAGCACUGAAAGGGGGAGGCAAAAUCCUGGUGCACUGUCAUGUUGGAGUGAGUCGAUCAGCAACUAUAGUUUUGGCAUAUCUGAUGCUGAAACACAACAUGACCCUGGUGGAGGCCAUUAACACAGUAAAAGAGGGAAGAGGCAUCAUACCCAACCGAGGCUUCCUCAGACAACUUAUUGACCUUCACAUCAAGCUAUACGGCUGCCGAAACUAGAAAGACUACAGCCAUGUACAUUCUAACUGAAAAUGUUGUUUUCUGGCAUAUAGGUUGUUUAUACAAUCAUGCAAAGUUCAGCUGAUAUAUGAGAAGAGAGGUACAGAUGAUGGCGUUUAAAGGGAUAGUUCACCCAAAGAUAAAAAUUCUCUCAUCAUUUACUCACUCUCAUGCCAUCCCAGAUGUGUAAGAUUUUUAGAAGAAUAUCUCAGCUCUGUAGGCCUAUAAAUUUCCACCAUUGACCAGUAGUUGGCGAUAUGCACGAAGAAUGUGAAUCGUCAAAAAACAAAAGAAGAAGAAUGUGGAAGUGAAAGUGAAAGUGGGGAUUUAUAGUGAAAAAUGACUUCAAUAUUGAUUUGUUUUUUACCCACACCUAUCCUAUCAUAUUGCUUCUGAAGAUAUGGAUUUAACCACUAGAGUCUUAUGGGUUACUUUUAUGUGGCUUUUAUAUUCUUUUUGGGGCUUCAAAAUUUUGGUCACAAUUCACUUGCAUUGUGUGGACCUACAGAGCUAAAAAACAAAAUGUUUUUAAAAAUAAUAAUAAUUCUUCUAAAAAUAUUUGUGUGUGUGUUGUUCAGAAGAAAGAAAGUCAUACACAUCUUGGAUGGCAUAAUGGUGAGUAAAUGAUUAGAUAAUUUUCAUUUUUGGGUUAACUAUUCCUUUAACUUUGUUACCGCAGUAACUGUGAAGCUUGAUCGAUUGAAAUUUCCACGUUUAUAUUUUUGAAUGGUUUUAUUCCUUUAAAAUAAAGGUAAUAAAGUUGAAAUGAGCAAAAACUAAGAAGCAAGUUCUUUGUCAGUAAAACUUAUGCGCACGUGUCUGAUCCACAAAAAGGUCUGAUCGCUCUUGCUGUUGAAGGUAUUACGGAA